GGCCCGCGGAGCCGAGCGGCGGCAGCGGCGGCGGCCCCGGAGCGCGGCCGGGCCGUGCCCCCCGCAGCCAUGAAGAUCUGGACCUCGGAGCACGUGUUCGAUCACCCCUGGGAAACUGUGAUGACAGCCGCCAUGAGGAAAUACCCCAACCCCAUGAACCCCAGCGUGGUGGGAGUUGAUGUCCUGGACAGACACGUGGAUCCCAGUGGGAAGCUGCACAGCCACAGGCUCCUGAGCACAGAGUGGGGCAUCCCGUCCAUUGUGAAAUCGCUCAUCGGCACGUGCAGGACAAGGACCUAUGUGCAGGAGCACUCUGUUGUUGACCCAGUGAAAAAAACAAUGGAGCUUAAAUCCUGUAAUAUUUCAUUUACAAACCUGGUGUCAGUAGAUGAGAGGCUUGUCUAUAAACCACACCCUCAUGAACCACACAAAACCAUUCUGACACAAGAAGCAAUAAUAUCUGUAAAAGGUGUCAGUCUCAGCAGUUACCUAGAAGGGCUAAUGGCAAACACAAUUUCUUCCAAUGCUAAAAAAGGCCGUGAAGCAUUGGAGUGGGUAAUUAAAAGGCUGAACGCUGAAAUUGAAGAAUUUGCAGCUUCAGCAAGAGGAACCAUGAGGAAUUCGAUGGCAGCAGCAGCAUUUGUAGAGAAAUGAUGAUAGUUCUUAGACCUGUAUCACUAACGAGGCUUAACGACCUGCCGCUUCUCUCCAGGCCUGAAUACACGUAUCCUUUAUUAUUUAAAGGAUGUGUGUAUUAGGCAUGUUAUAAAUUUAUUCUGGAGAAAAGCUGAAUUCUUACCAAGGCUGAGGCUCAAAGGCUAUUUAAUACAUUGGGUCAGCUGGACCGAAUUGCGGUCACAGAUGAAGAAAUAAAUUUCAAGUGUAGUUCCUGUAUUUACAUGAACACUAAUUUAUAAUGUUUGCAGAUACGAAAUAGCCUCGUUUAGUGGUGAGGCUGCAUAUGGUGGAGAACACUGGCAUGUUAGGCUUUUAUUUUUUUGUGUGACUUACGGACUACCUCUUUUGGGACCAAGCCCAAAAUUAAGCAGAAUGGUUGUUCCAGCAUUGUUCUUUUUGUUGUGUGAUACAACUUGGUUUUACAGAAAGCUUAUUACUUGAUGCUUGACGUACAAAAGAAUGUACAAAAUAUUUUUUGAUAAGCUUUUUAACUUGACUGGUUGAACUACCACGGUACUCAAAUAUUUUUUCAGUCGCUAUAGGGUGAAACAUCAAAGUGUCUCUUACCUACCUACCAAGAGCUAAAUCCUGCUCCUGAAUGCAACGUUAAUGAGCUGGGCAUGCAGUACCUUAAAAUCAAAUUUUAUCUUAAACUUCUGCAAUAAGUAUCUCCAUUUCUAAAAGCCCAUUACAUAAAGGUACAGUAAGCAUAGAGCCUUAAAAUCUUGUAAGCUGCUACAGUAGUAGGUGUUCACUUUAAAUAACCAAUUAAAGACUCAACCUUUGUGAAGGUGGCUGAGGAGAUACCUAAACAAAAGAGGAAAUAGUAUUUAACAAUAUACUAAUUAAUUUGAUCACGUUCCAGUAAUAACCUGCUCCACCCACUGGAUAUUGUGCUGUCCUUUAUUUUAACCAGUGUUCUAAGUUCCAGAUCCCUUUCCCCUUUGAACUAAUCUGCUCACAGUACAAGGCCCUUUGCAUUCACAAGGGUUUCACUUGGUGUUCUCCAGUCUCUGUUUCCUGGUACUCAUUGCAGGUUCUUGGUACUGUCACCAGUCACUCUGCAGAGCUGAAAGGUCAGCCCCUGGCACCUGCCCUGCUGCUCUCUGGGUAGUCCUGGGCACCUCACAGGGACUCUGUCCCACCAGGCUCCUUCCGUGUGAACAGAAAAAUGAAAGGCACAGCCCAGGCGUGGCUGAUGGUGGUGUUUGGUGCCCAAGGUUUUUUUCCUGGAAUUUUGAUUCUAAGUUUACAAUUGACUUCAAGACCCUCUUAGCCUUUAUGAACUGUAAUGUCACCCAGCCCAGCAUAUUUGAUUUUGCAUGCCAUUUCUGUUAUAUCAAAUUGCCUAUUAAGUAGUGUCUGCUAGAUAGAGAACCGGAGCUUAUUUUAACAAACAAGAACACUUCUCUAAGGUUCGUGCUGGGGGAAGAAAACAGGAAUAUAGAUAUAUAACUUUUAAAAAUUAACUAUUCUUAACACAGAAUAUUUUUUUAAACAGAAAUGGUUUGAAACUACCUUACUAAUUGAAGUCAUUGAGAUUUGCCAUACUUUUACAGGACAUUAUUACAACUGAAACAACAUUUCAAUUUUCAAACUGUAUGUGAAACUUCUGCAAAACUGUACCAUCAUUUCUGAUAAAAAUGCUUAGCUUGGAACUCAUUUUAUAUGUUUGCUCAGCCAUUAGCAUCAUUCGAUAUUCUAAAGUCAGUUUUUUCAUUUCCAAAUUUUUCUGCACUAAGGACUACAUAAUAGAACUCACAGUUUGGCCUUGCACUGAAAAAACCCAUACUGUUUAAUUUUUACAGGCAUUCAACAACUUCUUUCUUCUAUCUUAUUUAUAUGCCUGCAUUUUCAUUCUGUCAGAGUAUGGCUUUCUGUAUGUGGCGCUUUUUAAAUAAAAUUUUGUUUCCAUUCUGGCUAAUUCC